AUUUGGGAUCUGCGCAGUCUCUACUCGAAAAAAAGAGAUCAAAAGGUGGAAGGUGACGAAGAUAUACUUAACACACUCAAUAAGCAUGCCUACAUGUGCCCAGCUGAAACCAUUCCAGUGGGGAAUUCAAAGGAGCUUCUCUGUGGAGAUGGAGCGAGUGGUGAAUACCUCUAUGCUGCUCGCUUGCUGCCUAGUCACGCUGUUGUCUGUGGAGGCUCCGGAUUUCGUGAAGUUCGGGUAGUGAGCCGCGAAACGAAGAUGGCAAGUCGUGAUUCCUUGUUGUUUCAUACUACUUCUCAUUGUGGGAAUCUCGAGCAAUUCACUAUCUUGUCACUUCAGUAG